CCCACCACUGCACGCCUUCCACCUGACGAGUGCCUCGGUAUUUCUCAGAUUCCAUUUGUAACUUCAAGUUGACGGAAAGUGUUGAACUUGACCGCGGAAUCCUUUGAUCAACCACCCUCUCUCAGCCGUCACGGAAGGGUGAUAGCAAACUGGCCGGUAGCCAUGGCCGGGACACGCCACACCCACCCUCCCGCCGGGGAUCAUGACGGCAUAGAUCCGACGCCAUCAUCAGCACCGUUCUCCCAAGCCAGCACACCAAUACCACAAGCCUACAACGGCCCGGACGCCACCACCGAGAUCGCCCACCUCUACCUCACCUUCGCAACCCCUCUCCCAAACCCCAACACCACCGCCCGCCACCCCUCCCCCAACAACAACAAACCGCCACCACACAACAAGCACAACAGCAACAACAACCCACCCCCACCCCCAGACCUCACACGCUACAGCAACCCCCAAACAUGGCCAUCCUCCCGCAAAUACGUCAUGCUCACCCUCUCCUGCGUGGCGACCUGGCUGACGGCCUACACGGCCGGGUCGUACUCCCCACCGCAGAACCUGAUCCAAGACGCGCUGGAGGGCCACCCAUCCGACGAGGCCGUGCUGACCGGGAUAACGACCUUCUGCCUGGGCUUCGCGCUGGCGCCCAUGGUGCUGGCGCCGCUGUCCGAGAUGAACGGCCGCUACCCGGUGUUCGUGGUCGCCGGGGUGGUGUAUGUCGUGUUCCAGGCGGUGUGUGGUGUCGUGGAGAAUCUGGCGGGGAUGUUGAUCGCGCGGUUCUUGGUGGGGGUGGGGGCGUCGGUGUUUAGCACCAUGGUGGGUGGCGUCAUUGCGGAUAUGUGGGAUGCUAAGGGCAGGAAUACGCCCAUGGCGGUGUUUAGUGGGAGUGUGCUGGCUGGGACGGGGGCUGGGCCGCUUGUAGGCGCGGUCAUGGCGGAGAGGUUGGCCGAGGCGGGGAAGUGGAAGUGGAUCUUUUGGCAUCAGGUUAUCAUGGGGGGUGUGACGAUUCUGCUGCUAGUGGUACUUUUCAAGGAGAGCCGCGGGUCGGUGUUGUUGUCGAGGAAAGCGAGGGCGUUAAAUAAGUGGUAUGAAGAGUUGGAAGCGGAAGGGUAUUUCGGGGUGUGGGAGGUCGAAGGUGAGGGUUUGUGUGAUGGGCCACUCGUGGAUGGUCGGGACGAGGAAAAGGGGCCACUUUCGGAUCAUCCGCGACCAACAGCCGUCUUGAGGCGUAUCCGGUGGCUGGUUAAGGAGGAUGAGGAACGGGCAUCACUCGGCAAAAUGAUCGCCACUUCCAUCUCGCGACCAUUCCACUUACUCUUCACAGAGCCCGUGGUGUUCUUCUUCUCGCUCUGGGUAGCCUUUGCGUGGGGAAUCCUCUACCUGACGUUUGGUUCCAUCCCGCUGGUGUUUCAGCACAUCUACGGCUGGACCCUCGAAGAGUCGGGCUACGUAUUUGUGUCGCUAAUAAUCGGCGCCAUCUUUGCGACUGCCAUCGGGCUCUGGCAAGAUCGCAUCCUCUACCACCCCAAAUGGGCAGAUACCUCUAUCGAUCCAGGUACCAACACCAUCAGCGGCCACUGUUCCGAUGACUCGGCCAGUAAAAACCGAUCCGCGACUGGCACCCCUCCGCAUACACGCACCGACCGCAUGUGGGCUUUCCUCCGCCGGCAUUUCCCCGCUUCCGCCCCCGAAUCCCGCCUCUACUUCACUUGUGUGACCAGCACGUUCUUGCCCAUCGGGCUCUUCAUCUUCGGCUUCGCCUCCCGCCCCGAGAUUCACUGGAUCGGCCCCGCGAUUGGCUUGGUUCUGGCGACGAUGGGCAUUCUCUCCAUCUAUUUGGCUGUGUUCAACUACUUUGCCGACACCUACCACAAGUACGCCUCCUCUGCGCUCGCUGCGCAAUCAUUUUGCCGAAACGUUCUUGGCGGCGCGUUCCCGCUGGUGACGGGGCCAUUGUUUAGAAAUCUGGGAGAAGCCGGGGCGGGGGGGUUGUUGGGAGGUAUCGCGACCCUGUUGACGGUUGUGCCGUGGGUAUUGAUGUUCUUUGGGGAUAGGAUUAGGGCGAGGAGCCCGUUUGCUAGUCAACUCGGAUCAGCGUGAUCCACGGGUGAGGGCUGGUCCUGGGGAAGCAUUGUUAGACGUACCUAUAGCGUUCAUCUACGUAUGUCCUGCAUGAUACCCUCGAGAAUUUAUUGACGACAAACAAGCCAGCUCUUUAUGCAGUAUCACAACGUGCUCGUCGCCCUCUAGAUGCAUCUAACCUCAAUCUACAUCGUCCGCCUUCGUCCCACUG